GCCACACCUCAAGAUGGUCAUCUUUGGACCCGGCGCUGCUUACGCCGCUUGCACCGCCGGCUGAGCCUGACCUGGAGGCGAAAAUGAACUGGGGCACCUUUUAUGCCGUGAUCAGCGGCGUAAACAGGCACUCUACCGGCAUCGGACGCAUUUGGCUCUCAGUCAUCUUCAUUUUCCGUAUUCUGGUCCUGGUGGUUGCAGCUGAGAGUGUUUGGGGAGAUGAGAAGUCCGGCUUCACCUGCAACACCCAGCAGCCUGGCUGCGACAGCGUCUGCUAUGACCAGUUCUUCCCCAUCUCGCACAUCCGCCUGUGGGCGCUUCAGCUUAUCCUGGUCUCCACCCCCGCCCUGCUGGUGGCCAUGCAUGUGGCCCACCGCCGCCACAUUGAAAAGAAGAUCCUAAAGCGUACGGGCCGUGGUAGCCCUAAGGACAUAGAACACGUCAAGAACCAGAAGUUUCAGAUCACCGGAGCUCUGUGGUGGACAUACAUGAUCAGUAUCAUCUUCAGAAUCAUCUUUGAGGUGGCUUUUCUCUACAUCUUUUACUUGAUCUAUCCUGACUUUAAGAUGGUGCGUUUGGUGAAGUGUGACUCAUACCCCUGCCCCAACACCGUGGACUGUUUUGUCUCCAGACCCACAGAGAAGACCAUAUUCACUGUGUUCAUGCUGUCAGUGUCUGGGGUGUGUGUGCUGCUCAACCUGGCUGAGGUGGUCUACCUCAUUGGCAGGGCCUGCAGACGGUGUUUCCAUGGCUCUGAGGAAGAGUCCAAAGUAGCUUGGAUAAGUCAAAGAUUGUCAUCUUACAGGCAAAAUGAAAUCAAUCAGCUGAUAGCAGAUCAUCCUCUCAAGUCUAAGUUCACUGUGACCAAAAAGAGCCCGGCUGAGAAGGGUGAGAGGUGUUCUGCUUUCUAAGACUCUGCCUUUCCUAUUCUCUUUAAACUAAUAAACAUCCAUGGAGCAUGUUGCUCUGCAUUAAUGUCACAUAAACUGUAUAUAUGAUUAUUGUCAGCAUACACAUUUAUGUAUUUAUGUAUCAUUCGGUCAAUCGCU